AAUGGGAGGAGACGUGUUCAGACGCUUCACUGUGCUGCAGCGUCUCUUUUGCCAUCGAACCGAGUGCACACCAGGCUGCUGAAGUAAACCACGUGUGAGUGACCUGCGAAAAAAAAGAUCAAUUUUAACUAAGUAUUAUCGUGUUUCAACGAAACACCUACCAGCCAUGGUGAAACUCGCGAAGGGGGCGAAAAAACAAGUGAAGGAAGCACCACCAAAGAAAAAGGCUCCUCCACCUCCAAAGGAGGUUGAAGAGUCCAGUGAGGAGGACAGUGAUGAAGAUGAGGCUCCACCACCCAAAGCUGCAGUCAAGAAGAACACAGCUCCAGCAAAGGCAGUCAAAAAUGGAAAAGCCCCUGCCAAGCAAGAAAGUGAAGACGACGAUGAUGAUGAAUCUGAAGAAGAGGCUCCACCAGCUAAAGUAGCUAAAGCUCCAGUCACUAAAGCAGCUCCUGCAAAGAAAGCAGCAGCUGCUGCAGAAUCAGAUGAUGAGGACGACGAUGAUGAUGAUGAAGAAGAAGAAGAAUCUGAGGAGGAGCCACCCAAAAAGGCUACCCCUGCUAAAUCAGCUAAGGCCACCCCCGUGAAGUCUAAAGCAACUCCUGCAAAGAAGGAGGAGUCUGAUGAUGACGACGACGAGGAUGAUGAUGAAUCAGAAGAGGAGGAAGCUCCACCUCCUAAAAAAGCAACCCCAGCUAAAGCAGCCCCUGCUAAACCCGCUGCUAAAGCAGCUCCAGCUAAAGAGGAGUCUGAGGAUGAUGAUGAUGAUGAUGAUUCAGAAGAGGAAAUGGACACGACACCGGCACCAGCUAAAAAAGCAGCAGUAAAGAAGGCCAAGGAGGAAUCUGAAGAGGAGGAGGAUGAUGAUGAAGAAGAGGAUGAUGAUGACGACGAGGAGGACGAUGAAGAGGAGGAAGAAGCCACUCCAGUAACACCGGGAAAGAGGAAGGCUGAUGUAAAGAAGGAUAAAGAAACACCACCAGCCAAAAAAGCCAAAGCUGAUGGUGAAACUUUCAGUUUGUUUAUUGGUAACCUGAACUCAGAUAAGAGCUUUGAAGAAAUUAAAGAAGGCAUCAGCAAAUUCUUCAAGAAAGAGGGCCUUGUAAUUCAGGAUGUCCGUCUUGGAGGGUCAAAGAAGUUUGGUUAUGUUGACUUUGGCACAGAAGAGGAGCUUCAGCAAGCCCUUGGUCUCAACGGGAAGAAGUUUAUGGGUCAGCCAAUCAAACUGGACCGUGCAAGAAGUAAAGAGGACUCUCAGGAAAGCAAAAAGGAGAGAGAUGCUCGGACGCUGUUUGUGAAAAAUCUGCCAUACUCAAUAACCUCAGAUGAGCUGAAGGAGAUUUUCGAUCAAGCACUGGAUAUCAGAAUACCUGUUGGCCACAACGGCACCAGCAGAGGAAUUGCAUAUAUUGAGUUCAAGACAGAAGCAAUCGCUGAGAAAAUGUUGGAGGAGACACAGGGCUCAGAUGUUCAGGGCCGAUCCAUCAUGGUGGACUUCACAGGCGCCAAAAGCCGACAGGGUGGCAAAGGACCAGUUUCUGCACCUGCAAACAAAGUCCUGGUUGUAAAUAAUCUAGCGUUCAGUGCCACAGAGGAGUCUCUUCAGAGCGUGUUUGAGAAAGCUGUCGCUAUCAGAAUACCACAGAAUAACGGCAGGCCGAAAGGGUAUGCUUUUGUUGAGUUUGAAAGCACAGAUGAUGCCAAGGAGGCCAUGGAUUCAUGCAAUAACACAGAUAUUGAAGGCAGGACCAUCAGACUGGAGUUCAGCCAGAGCAGAGGAGAGAGUGGAGGAAGAGGAGGAUCAGGACCCACAAAAACGCUGUUUGUUAAAGGCUUAUCAGAUGAAACAACAGAACAAACUCUGAGGGAUGCUUUUGAUGGUGCUGUUGCUGCCAGAAUUGCUACAGAUAAAGAUACAGGAUCAUGCAAAGGGUAUGGAUUUGUUGACUUCGACAGUGAGGAAGACUGUAAAGCAGCAAAGGAAGCAAUGGACGAUGCAGAGAUAGACGGAAACAAAGUGACUCUGGACUACGCCAAGCCUAAAGGAGAAGGAGGAAGAGGUGGAGGACGAGGAGGGUUUGGAGGCGGAUUUGGAGGAGGAUUUGGAGGCGGCAGAGGACGAGGAGGAUUUGGAGGGAGAGGAGGUGGAAGGGGUGGAUUCAGAGGAGGAAGAGGAGGUGGUGGACACCGUGGAGGCGGAAGAGGAGGAUUCAGAGGUGGCCGCGGUGGUGGAGGUGGAGCAAAACCUCAAGGAAAGAAGAUCAAAUUUGACGAUUAAAAACUACCUUCUUUCUUCUUCUUUUUUUUCUUUUUUAAUAUUUCCAAAUACACGGACUGUAUUUCUGCUUGAAUGGUCUUUUGGGCAUUCCAGCAUCCAUAUUUUUCUGUCUGAAAGCUUCUUGCAUCCUCAUAUGUUUCUCUUCAUCUCUGUGCAUCUUCAUGUUUUCCCCAGUUUUGUGGGAGAAAAGUUGAAAUGUGAAUGAAUGUUCUUUACCCCGCCCCCCCUUCAUUUUUACUGUUUUUGUUAAAAUAUCCUUAAAAGAUUUAUUGUUUUUGUUUUUGUUUCUUUUUAGUUUUUUUUUUUGUUUAAGUUUGCUUUAGGUGCGUGUUUUACCGUAAACUGUACAAAGCAUAUUAUGGAAGAUGAAUGAUUAAACAUGCCCAAAAACGUGUUUGGGCUUUUUGAAAUCUGGUUAA